AUGGCAGAUGAAAGCUCACCCCUUCUAGGGAGAGGAACUAACGAAAGGAGGCAAUCAUUUCGUGAACGCAUGUCGUCUUGGGAUACAUGGUGGUCAAUCAUAGUCUUUUCUAUAAUCUUUUACAUAAUCGUCAGCUGGUCCGUAUUCCUUUUACAAAGUCCCGAGAUGGGACCGCCUCUGACUGGUUCUAUGGCCCCGUGCAUUUAUGAUUUGAGAAUAAGGGGAAAUGCACCGGUAAAUUAUCGAUACGAUUAUGAACUCUGGUUCUCUGAACUGACCGACGAGAUUUAUAAACGUAUCGGCUACGAUAUCGAUUAUUAUCACCAAUGUGAGAAAUUAAUGUCGCCCCCGACAGGGCCUUCGCGGAUGGAGCGAAGCGAUUUUCUCGAAGAGUCAGAGUCAUUAUUCAUCAAUUCACUAGACGAGGAUAUGCACCAGUUUUCCGACAAUGAUUUGCCUCUGUGGUCGGGACUCGGCGAAGAGUCCAGAGAUCUGAGCCCGAUGGCAUCCGUCCCAACUCCUCCUCUGAUGAGAUCUCCUGAUGGUGGAUACUUCCCCUUUCUUUACAAAAUCGCCGAACUCACCUCGAAUUCCUACAACCCUCGCUCACCAGUUUCAUAUGAAUUGCGCGAACUGCGUUGGACGCCUGAAUAUGGUGAAACAUUCCUCCUUACUUCCCGAACGACUAUGGAUAGGUAUUGGUUCUUUAAGAUUCCAUCUGCAUAUAUUAGUUUCGGACACGUCGAUGGGCUGGCCUCUGAUGAUGUCUUGAAUUGUGAAUACAAGCUUUCUUGGACACACACGUUGAAUGGACAUGUGUAUAAGAAAUGUGUAAAAUCGGGGGAGAGGAAUUGGAAGCAGGUAGCAACGGUAGUCAGGAGUGACAUUGGGUUGGAGUUUUUUGAUGCGGAUGGAAGUGGAAGGCAUCAAGCUAUUGCGACUAAGCAUAAGUACAGCAAGAGAGGGUAUUGGUAUAGAACCGUUGCUGUUUAUCCCGAUGCUCCUUAUCCUGCAGUGUUGGUAUCUAUGUAUACUGCUCACCUCGAAUACCUUUUGAAUAUACUCGAUAACGACCAUAUUCACCCGAUACGACAAUUCUAG